AAAACCCCAAAGCCACUAGCGAUGGCAUCCCACUGUGAUCCUUUCCUUCACUUCCCCUCCGCUCAUGACAACAAUAACGCAGAUGCUUUUCUUGAUUCUUCCAUGGUGAACGAAGUCCUGAGACUGGAAUCUCAUGCAACGUCAUCCACUGCUUGUAAGCAGACAGCCGCAAUGACUCUUUCAAUGGGGCAUUGGAUAUCCGAUCCCUCUCCUUGGCCAGACUCCUCGUUUUCCCAUCUGCUUCUCUUGCCCGUAUCUGUGACAAUCUCAGCGCUCUUAAGAGCUCCAACUUCUCAUCUUCUCGAUUUCUGUACAUUGGAGCUCACGAUCCUUACCAUACUCUCUUCCCAUCAUGUUGCAAAUCCUAUUGAUCGAGAAAUGACCACCUUUUUUGACACGGUAAACACCUUCACGGGAGGAGGGAGAUCACAAUUCCGCAUGAGGUCUGAAUCCAAUUUCUGCCAAAGAAGAGCACUCGUCAUCAUAUCAUUCUCAGCCACGGUUCUAGAACCCAACUUGGUAUAGUUCUGUGCCCAUCUCGGCAC